AUGCAGGCCGAAGACUAUCAACCCGAGCGAGUUGUGUUUCGACCUGCUGCACCUUACGCGGGGUCUACGCUUGCCCCCGCCAGACCAAUCAUCCACCCGUCGAACGCAAUAACCUCUCUGUUUCCAGCAAAGAAUGGACCAGCGGGACCGACGCCGACUGGUGCUGAGGCUGGAAUGAUUCAAACUGCGUCGUCGUAUCCAAUGAAGGACCACCCUGAUAUCCUCAUGGGCCCCAAACCUGCGUCUGAUGACUUCGACAUCUUCAAGCAUUGGGGAAAUCUCUCUCCUUGGUAUUCUGUGCCAUCAUUUGGGUUGGAUUCAUCUCCGUUGGUGCCGGAUGGAUGUCGUGUAACAAUGCUGAACAUCCUUCAUCGUCAUGGGGCCCGAUAUCCAACUUCUUCCGGGGAGGGCGUUGGUCCUGCCGGCUUCGCGACUCGAUUGCAUAAUGCUCUUACUUCCGGGAAGACGUGGUCAGCAGGUGGAGACCUAGACUUCUUGAAUGACUGGGUCUGGAUGCUGGGAGCGGACGUCUUGACGCCAUUCGGCCGCGAACAAAUGUAUAAACUUGGUGUUGACCUGCGCAUCAAAUACGGGUUCUUGCUCAAUAAUUUCACUGUGAGUCAGACCUUGCCAGUGUUCCGUACCGAGUCGCAGGAUCGCAUGCGUUCGUCGUCUGAGAACUUCGCCCUGGGCUUUUUCGGGGAGCGAGCCAAGGAUCAAUAUUUGGCUAGCAUUACGGUAGAAGCCAGUGGCUUCAACAACACUCUGUCUCCCUACUACACGUGCCAUAACUCGUUCGACUGGAACAAGUCAUACAGGCAGACUCCUUACAUGAAGAUAUGGUUACCAACGUAUCUAAAGGACACAUUACCGAGGAUCCAGAGCAUGCUUGAAGGCUUCGAACUAUCUUAUGACGAUAUCUUCACAAUGCAGACGAUCUGUGCGUAUGAGACUGUUGCUCUUGGAUACUCAGCCUUCUGCGGUUUGUUCACACAAGAAGAAUGGGAAGGCUUCGAGUAUGCAUGGGACAUCUACUUCUGGUACGACUCUGGCUGGGGAUCCCCGGUAGCCCGUGGCCUGGGCCUUGGCUACGUGAAGGAACUCGUUGCACGCUUGACCAAUACACCAAUCGCUGUGCACGACUCAACGACCAACAGCACACUGGAUGAUAACCCUAUUACGUUCCCUCUUGGUAGCAGUCUCUACGUAGACGCAACCCACGAGACCGUUGUCCUAAACAUCCUCACUGCUCUGAAUCUUUCCUCUUUCGCAGCAGCAGGACCGCCUCCGGCAGAUCACAUUCCUGAGAAGCGUUCGUUCAUAGCCUCGCAAGUAGUGCCAUUUGGAACCAAUGUCCAGUUCCAAGUUUUAUCUUGCGCCGCGACGCCAGAUCCUCAGAUUCGCAUCAUUCUCAAUGAUGGUGUCGUUCCGUUGGAGGGUCUUGGGGACUGCCCAUAUCAACAGGAUGGUAUGUGCGCGGUGCACACCUUCGUGGCCGCCGAGCAGAAAAUCCUGCACGAGCACGACUGGUCCUGGUCCUGCACAGGGAACUGGACCAUUCCUCCUGGAAUGGAUUGGCAGACUACCACUGGGGAUUGUCCUCCCCGGCACGCAUAG